AUGAUAGCCGUUCAGCGUGAUUCUCAACCGUUGGCAUUCGCUAAAAGACAUAGAUUCAAAGAUACGCUGGCAUUGUUUAUAGUGUUCUUGAGUUUUAAUCAUUUUAACUCCCUGUGUUUAUUGGUAUCCUUUGUCGUUGCCACCAAAUGCAGAAAUUUUAUUGCAAAUUGUUUCAUCACAUUGUUUUUGAAUAAACUCCCAUCACCUUCCAUUGCAAAAGUGGCUCAUUUAGAACCAGAGAAUGAUACUAAACACAAUACAGCCAGUACUACCAUUACCACAAUACCAUAUUCAACUAACAGUACCGGUUAUGAUAAUUGUACUGGAAUAGCACCUCAACUUGUACAACAACAAGGGAAAAGACCUAUACGUCAUGUCAGCGGUCAGUCGAUAUCAUCAAUAGCACCACUAUCUACUACUUCUACAGUCACUACAACUAAUAGUACCUCUUCAUCUAGUUCCUCCUCUGCAACUAUUAUGCCUUCCUUUACAGUUAAGUACACCAAAAAUCUAUUUUUGCCCGUCAUAGCGGCAGAAUUAAUACUCGCAUCUUUAUUACAAGUUUACGGUGGUAAUUAUUUUAUACAUCCUAUUGAAAAUUUAUCCAUGUCUAUUAUAGCAUCCUUCUUAAUUAACGAUCCAGCAGAUUGUUUGAAUUAUGCAACGUCAUGUUCUGUAUUAUAUGCAUUAGUCACCAAUAUAUAUCAAAGGUUAACCCCAUUUGCGAACUUGGAAACAGUGAAUCAUUUCAACACUGAACUAUUAACCGUUUUCCAUCUAAAUUCAUUAUUUUCGGCCAAAGACUUUCAAGGUAAUUACCGAAUGACUCCAAGUGUAUCCCUAAAAUUGUAUUCUAUAUUGAAAAAAUUAUUAUCGAUGAUAUUUAACCCAAAUUGGACUAAGAAUGUCCUUCUGGAAAAAUAUAUUAAAUAUUUGUGUUAUUAUAUUUCAUUUCAUAUUGUUAUAAGCCAAUUUUGCCAAAGUUUGAAAAACCCUUAUAAUCCAUAUACCAAUAGCAAUAAUAACAACAACAAUAAUAAUAAUAACAACAACAUCAUUACAUCACAUUCAUUAUUAAAUACCAAUACUGGUAUUAAUACAAAUACUGAUGAAAGGAAAACAGGUUCCCGUCAACUAGGAGGUCCCAAUAGAAUAUCGUUAUCUAAAAAUGAAUUAAACCGCUCAAGCGGUUCACAAAGGAUUCCUUCAACAGGUUCAACAAGAAAUGUAUCAUCCAAUGCAGAUGCUAAUAACAACACUAUUACCAUUAAUGGGAAUAAUAUGAACUAUGUAAAUAAUAAUAAUAAUACUAUCCCAUUCCCUGAAGCUAAUCAAAAAAAUAACAAUAUUAAAACCAAUUCUUUCGAAGUAUCUGAGAAUUCAACGCCUCAUUUUUCCAAUGCAAUCAUUGAAUGUAAAAAAUUUGAUCCAGUCACCACUUUUGCAAGUAAUAGUAAUAUUCAAGCAGUUAUGACAACAUCUGAUCAAAAGGUAACGCCCAAUACAACCACUUCUAUGGCAACUAAAUAUAAAUCAAUCGCAUCAAAGACCCCCAAUAACACGAUGAAUCCAGAAGUGGAAAAUACUUUCACCAAUCAACUAUUUGAACUAAAAGUAGAUUUGAAUAAUCUUACUGAAUCGAGUAAUUUGAAAACUGAUGUUAACGUAACUACAAAUUUGGAAAAUUUCAUUCGUCACUUGUUCAAGAGGAAAAAUCAACAUUUAAUCCCACCAUUAUGGUCCAUUGUCGUAACUUUAAAGACAACAAAUUUUGAAAAAAAAUAUUUAAAUGAAACAUCAAAUAACUCAAACAAUUUCAAUGCAACGCUUACUAAUUCAAAUGACUUAAGUACAACUUUAUCCAAUGAAACUAACAACAUUAACAAUGAUAUUAUCAUGACAAGGAAAAGUGUAUUUAACAAUUUCGAACAAGCAAAUACAAUGGCAUUAAUUGCACAAACUACUUCAGAUGAUUACGAUCAACUUAACUUAAUCUCCACGAGGACCAACAUCUUCAAUAAAAAUGAGAAUGAUUAUAAAGUUUGUAUUAUUGACAUCGGAACACAUUCAAUCAUAUUCCACAUUGAAAACUUGUAUGAUGGUGAAUUGAUCGUUUUAGUCAACGGGUUAAUUUGGACGGAAGUAUCAUGUGCUUUAAUUUUAGAAUCCGUCGGUGAAGAAUACGUCGUUGUCUCAGGGUUAGUACCAUCAUGCUCAUAUGACAUUCAAUUCGUUAAUAGAUUGAAUCAAACUGAUGAUUAUCUAAUUUCUGAUUUAAUGAUUAGAACUAACGCUAUCAAUAAUAACAACCAUACUACUACUAAUGCAACUGACGAAGAUAUUUCUGAAAUUUUCCAAAAUUUAGAUUUCAGUUUCCCAUCUUAUUAUCAUAGGAAAUUUUUAUCACCUUUGUUAACAUUGAAACAUUCUGUAUUGACCACUAAUGCAAAUUUAGCUGAUGAAAGAAGUAAAUUGAAAAAGACUAAGAAGGAAAUUAAUAAGAAAUUGAAUUCAACAAGACAAGAAAUUGAUCAUUUUAAAGAUCGUAUUGAACAAAAUGCAACUAAUGAUGAGAAAAAUACUUUGAAAGUUGAUAAUUUGAAGAUUGCGUUGCAACAAAAUGAAAAAUCUUUUAAACAUUUAGAAAAGGAAUUUAAAGAGUUGACAGAUAAGGAAAUUUCCUUGGAAGAUGAAUAUUUACAGAAGAAAGAUGACCAUUUAAAGAAAGAAUUAGAAUACAGUAAGAUUGAAGAAAAUUUGAAGAAGGAAUUGGAAAUUGUUCAAAAGAAGGAAACUAAAUUGACUAAUGAGUUUAAUCAAUUAUCAAGUAAAAGGGAGAAAUUAUUAGUUAGACAUGAAAAAUUAAAGAAAGAAUUAGAUGAAAAUGAUGAGAUGAUUAAAAUCUUUAAAGAACAAUUUUUAACCAAAAAGAUUCAAGAAAGAUCUAAAAGAGAGGAGUUUAGAAUGAGAGAAUUGAAUAAUUAUGAAUUGAAUAUAAAGGGCCUAGAACAAGACAUCAGUCGUUUGGAAGCAGAAAAUGAACACAUUCAAAAAUUGUUACAGGGUUAUCCUUAA